AUGCCUGGAAGUUCAGCCUCUAAUAGUGAUGACACAGGCCAACCUUACAACCCUCAGCAAGAUCUUCAACAACAGCAACAGCCCAUGUAUUACCCACAGUACCAUUAUCUUUACCCUGCAGAUGAAAAUAGUACCUCCGAUGGUCACACAGUGGCUAACUACGAUGGUCACAACCAUGCAAUAUAUCCAGCCAUGUCUGGAAAUACCCAUGCUGGACAUCAUUAUGGUGUUGUCCAGGGUGGGGUACUGCAUGAAACUGGACAUAACAGAGCUGAAAAUGACCAAUGGAUAUCACCAGGCAGUGGUGGCGGUUACUACCAAGAGAAUUUCAGACAAGAUCACUUGCCGGCUGGUGCUGGAGGUGAUUAUUAUUCUCAGAUCCCAAAUUCUGUAUCAUACGAUACCCAGUCUUUUGUUCCAGGUCAUAUGCAACCUUAUCAAAGUAAUGGCACAGAUGUGAACUCCCAUUCUCAUCAGCACAGAUCUCCACCAAAUGAAAAUUGUUCUGUCCCCACCUCUGUGGGAAUGGAAAUCUCCCACCAACAGACAAAUGGUUACACCCUACCCGUAGAGUCUGAACAUCCAGUCACGUCCAACUGGGACCAGCUAAAUGGAUACAAAGUCCAAUAUCGAAAACCUACAGAGUCUGUCAUGAGUCCCCAAAAGAUGGAAUGUACACAUAGUGUCUCUAGUAGUAGUGAAUCAAGUCCCAAAAAAUCAGAAAAGGAUUUCAUUCGAAUAGGUGGUAGCUCUGAACAAAAGGGCUUAGCACAGCUGCAGAUCUUGUAUAAAGCUCGUGGUCGCAAACUUGAUGAAUUGACUGAAGAAUUGACAUCAGUUAAACAGGACAGUGCCAGAGAAAUUCGUCUUUUGCAGCACAAGGUUAGCUCUACUGAAAGUGAGUGUGAAGCAGUUACGAACAACCUAAAACAGUGCCAAGACAUGCUGCGGGAAGCAAAGUCUGACAACACCCAAUUGCUGAGCCGCAUGGAGACUUCUGAGGCCCUUAUCCAGGCGCUGAGUAACAGUAAGGAGGAGCUUGUUAGCAAACUGGUUGCAGCAGAAGCUGCUGUAGAGUCUUUAAACCAUCAAUUGAAAGAGCUGGGUAAAAGUGAAACGCUUGAACGGGCCCGACAACAACAUGACAAUGUGGUGGAAAGUCUUCAGUUGCGGCACCAAAGGGAAGUUGUGAUGCUUAAGGAGGAGAUUGAUACGUUGACGAAAACUGCAAAUAGCAGUAAAGAAGAAAUGGCACUACUGAAAAGACAACUGUCUGAGGCUCUCAAAAAUGUGGACAACGCCCACAUAAGCAAGGCGGAAACUAUCAACCGGUUGACACGUAGCCUGGAAGAAAGCCAGCGGCAAAACCAGUACCUUCUUCAGAAUUCGCAAUCAUCUUUGUCCAGCCAGCAGAUAGCAGAAUUACAGAAUCGGCUCCAGCAGGCAGAAUCUUCCAAGAUUACUCUCGAAGAGAAGUGUGAAAGUCUUGGUGACCAAGUAAAGUCUCUAAGUCAGCAGCUGUCUAUGUUUGAGUCUGCUUCAAAGUUGGGGCUCUUUGGCCAGGAAGAAAACAGGCAUUCUAGUUGUGACCCUGAAGAUUCCUUUUUAGAACUUGGUAUUAAGAAGAAAUUGAAUUUCACUACUCCUGACACAACUGUCAGCGAGGACUCAGGUGUGGAUACUCAGUUGCAGGGAUUGAAGCAUGAACUCCAGCGAUGCUUGACAAACAACCGUGAAAAACAAAUAUGUAUUGAGCAGUUGAAGGACUCACUCAAGGUCUGUCAGAAAGAGGCAAACAGCUGGCAGUCUGAAUGUGCCAAAACUGAAACAGUUGUGCAAGAGUUAAAGAAAAAAUUGGCUAAGUUUGAACAGGUAGAGAAUGGAUUGGGUACUGGUCAAAACGGUAUCACCGCUCAGAAAAGUAUUAAAACUUUGGAGGAAGAAGCUUCCCGGUUGAAGAAAGACAAGGAGGGUUUUGCUGAAACCCUACGACAGUCAAAAGAAAAAGAAAUGCAGUUAGAAUCUCGGAACAAGGAAUUAGAAGAAGAGCUUAAGAAAGUCUUGGAAGAGCAUGCAGCUGAUAAAGCAAAUGCACUGGAACACUGUAAAAAAACUUAUGAAACAUUUCAAGACGAUGUGAAAGAGAGACUGAAGCUGGAUUUGCAAUUGGAACAUGAUGCCAGAGAAGCGUCACUCAUUGCAGACUAUGAAGAGAAGGUAAGUGGAUUGAAGACCAAGCUAGAAGCCACAUUGCAACGAGAAGAUAAUUUAAAAGAGAUGUAUGUCUGUGUGUGUCAGGAGAAGAGCCAGCUGGAGGAUAACCUGAUCCAAGAUUACAGGAAGAAACUUGAGGCUGAAAUUGAUCGUUUAAAGUCUGAGUAUAAAAGGGACAUUGCCGAGAUGAAAGAUGUUGAAAUUCAGUGUGAGUCUUCUGAAGAUGAUCAAGCUGAAAAUGAAACUACAGAAGCUAAUAUCCAUAGCGACAUGUUUGAACGUCUUAUGGCCCAAGCUCGAGAAGAUGUUGCAAUGGAAAGAGCGCAAGAACUAGCUGCUUUGCGCCAAGAAAUAGUAGAGUCAUUCGAAGCAAGAAAUAGUCAGGAGCUGCUGGAAGAUGCAGGGAAAGUUCAACGAGAAGUUGAGCCAGAAGCCAAAGAAAACUUUGAUCAAGAGGUGAUCAUUUCCAAUGAAGAGGAUCAACUGAAUCAGAUAGAGAAGAAAACACUGCAUGAAAGGAUUAAAACUGAACUUCGUGCUCAGUUUGAAACUGAGAAGCAAGAAGAGUGGAAAGUGCGAGAAUAUGAAUUGAAAAAAAACUACCUUGAAGAAAUAGAGCAGCUACAAGCCGAAAUUACUCAAAAGUCAUCUGAGGUUCAAGUAACUGGUUUGGGAAUGCCUCUCUCGCCACAGUCUCUUGAAGGACGUCGACUUGAUGAGAAACAGCGUGUGAAGGCAGCUGUGGAUGCAGCCAAGGUGGAAUGGCAGUUGCUUCAUAAAGCAAAGCUGGAGAUGGAAGUGAAAAGGAGACUCAACCUAGAAAGAGAGCAAUGGCAGAAGGAGAAGACUUUGUCUGCCGAAAAAGACUUGGAGAAGCAGUUAUCAACUGAGAAGGUAAAGUGGCAGAAGUUGGCUAAAGAAGAGCAGAAAAAUGUGGUUGCUGCUGCUGUUGAAACUGCACGUGAAGAAUGGCUGAAGAGCCAGCAAGAGGAACACAAGAAGAUGUCCAUGACAUUGGCAGUGGAGAGAGCAGAGAUGAAAAAACAGCAAAAGGUAUCUCUCUACUUUUUCUCUUUUAUUCUUUGUUUAUUUUUCAUGCAGUUUUUGUUUUUUUGUAAGACUUUAAAAUGA